AUGUUGCUCGAUCUUCCACCAGAGCUAAUCCAGCUUGUCCUUCAAUGUUCGACUACGCCUUCCUUUCUACAGGCGGCAUUGUCCUGUCGAGCCCUGCAUGAGAUCGCAUCCAGUAGCCGGGAAGUGAUUUUGCAUCAUCUGCAUAAAACACCCGGCUUGAACGUAGACACAGGCAGUCUCAAGACAAGGCAACUUUUUCAGCUGCUCAUGAAGCGCUCGUUCCAGCAGCUAUAUGGUGCACAGUUUUCCGCGAAAUGUACAACAUUCUGUUUUGAAGAUUUUGCGCUCGAUGCCCGAGCAUCUUCGCUAGCUUCUCAUGGUGAGCGAGACAUCGCUCUCGUUCUGAAAGGUCGGCAAGAUGUUUAUGUUUUCCAGGCCAAGGACGGGAAGCUGCACCUGAAGGCCCAGCUGAGAUCACCUGAGGAUCAGCCAGGAAGGAUAGAGGUGCUCAAAACAGCAUUUGACGGAGAAGGAGGCGUUAACGUUCUUCAUCAUCUGGUACCAGCGAUAAACGAAGACGGCUUUGGCGCCACACACCCGUUCGUAAGACAUGCGAUACGGUCUGGUCCUCGUGUUAGCGUCUAUAUGGCGCGACACUCGCUUCAGACACUCAAUGAGCCUAUUCGUAUGUGUGCCUUUCCAGAUCAUGCUGAGUAUGAACCUCUGGCUCUUGCUGCUGCCGGAGAGAGCACCUUUGCAAUCUCUUGGCAGCACGUCCGUGAAAGCGACGAUUAUGAGGUUGUUCUGUACAACUCUCCGAAACAGUCGAGCAGCAACACUCCUGAGGUAAUCGGUACGUUACGCUUCUUUGCUGUCCAGGUUCACCCAGUGCUCCAAUAUAAGGACAGUCUUGUCAUUGGUCAUCAUCUGAUGCAAGUAUAG